AUGUUUGGAUCAUCUCGCGCAUUUGGGAACCAAUCAAACCCAUUUGCAACGAAUUCGAAGUCAUCGAACUCUGCUUUUGGCUUGGCCACAACUGCAAAUUCGGGUCAAGGGUUUGGAAACUCAGGGUUUGGAAGCUCCGGUUUUGGAAGCUCCGGUUUUGGCAGUUCAGGUUUCGGCAGUUCAGGUUUCGGCAACUCGACACAGGGACGCUCGGGAUUUGGCAGCUCAGGGUUUGGAAGUUCGGGAUUUGGUAAAUCAGCACCGACAGCCACUGGCAAUGGAGCAGGAUUUGGUAAUGCAGGAUUUGGUAAUGCAGGAUUUGGUAAUGCAGGAUUUGGGAGUUCAGCAUUUGGCACCAAUAACAAUAGCAAUGCCAGUCUGGCAUUCGGAACUCAAGGCAAAACUCCGUCACAAUCAAGUCCCUUUGGUGCAUUUCUGAAUACCAACACGGGAUCGGCAUUUGGCAAUAAAACUAAUGCAACUACAUCAGCAUUUGGGUCUACACAAAAUCAAGAAACUGCCAGUGGGGCGUUUGGUAACAUCAGCGCCAAUAAUUCAACGAGUUUAGGGUUUGGUAAUCCUUCGGCAUCAUCUGCGUUCGGACUGGGCAAUAAAGCAAGUACACUGUCCGCCUUUGGUGGUAGCGGGUUUGGAAGUAGUGGAUUUGGAAGUAGUGGAUUUGGAAAUGAUGGGUUUGGAAGUAGUGGAUUUGGUAAUGCAAAAUCAUCUCAGCCACUGGCAUUUGGAAAUGCUCCUUCUAACACAAUUGGACAAACGUCUGCCCUCAAUUCUUCAACCGCGCCCAAUGCCUCCACCGCUUCCCCAUUUAGUGCUAUUGCGUCGAAUCCAUUUCAACAACAGCAACCAUCUGCUUCACCGUUUGGUGCGGCGUCUACAUCAAAUUCCCAAACUUCAUCAACUAGCGCAUUCAAACAACCAAACAUAAUGCUGUCUCAACCACCCUUUGGACAGGUGAAGCCCGAUCUGACAAUGCUGUCGCCAUUUGCCUCAACAGCGGUACAGAAUCCAUUCGCCUCAAAUUCGGCAACGAAUCAGCCAGGACAGCAGGGUACUUCUCUGCUGGUAUUUGGCAUUACAAGUGUUGGGAAUACUAAUGGCUCAUUUACAUCGACACAAGCCAGUGCAAUAGCGAAGCCUGGUGAUGUGUCGACUCUGCUUUCUAAGUUGAGUUUGGCAGCACAAGAAGCAUUCAAAGCACCUGCAUUCGAGUUGGGUCAUAUUCCAGAUAUACCUCCUCCCCCGGAACUAUGUGUUUAG